UUUAUUAAAAUAUACAAAUAUACAAAACAGUAUAAAAAGUAAAAACUUGCAGAGUAUUUCGAUAAAUUUGUAGCGGAAUAUAGAAAAAGAAAUAUGAAACUAUUGCAAAUAUCUUUGAUAUCUUUGACCUGCAUUAUUUUUGCCGGCGUCAAGGCUUUUCCAGAAAAUUAUUCAGCAGUUGGCGUUUUUAACUCUGGUACUAUUAGGCAAGAUAAGACGAAUGGAAAUAGUGUAAUACAUAAUGUUGCUAAUAGUGGUUAUAUUCAUCAAAAAGGUUUGAAUGGAAAUAGUUUAAUAAAUAAUGUUGCUAACACCGAUUAUAUUAACCAAAGAAAUGGUGUUAUAUCUAACGUUGAUAAUAUCGGCUUUAUUAACCAAAGAAAAUCGCAUGGAAAUAGUAUAAUACAUAACGUUGUUAACAUCAAUUAUAUUAUACUUAUCAAUUAUGUUAUACUUUAUAAAUUAGCUUUCAAUUGAUAUAUAAUAUUUUCAGAAUAUAAUACAGAACAUAGUUAAAUACGAUGUUAUUGAUCAAUGAAAUGCGCAAAUAAAUUGUACAUGAAUGUAAAGGAAAAUUGGAAUUAUUGUAUUAAUUUUAAGUACAAAAGUUGUUACAUUUUAAAAAGUCCAAUAAAAACUAAAACUAC